AUGAGCUCCAUCAAGUUCGUGGUCUCCUCCUUGGAUGCCAUCGCCGCGUCCAAGGAUGCCCACAGGAACAAGAACCUCUCCGAGUCCGUCCAGCAAGCCCUUGCAGCCAUCAAAGAGCAUGAUCCCGAGCUACCCGACCCGGAGCUUGUCUUUGCGCCCCUUCGACUCGCUACCAAAUCAGGCAGCAUCCAGCUCUCCACCACCGCCCUCGACUGCAUCGGCAAGCUUAUAUCCUACUCCUACUUCUCCGUACCCGCCUCCGCUCCCGCCCCUGAACCUGAUGCCGAGAGCCCCGAACGAGCGCCCCUUAUAGAAAGGGCCAUAGAUACCAUUUGCGACUGCUUCCAGGGCGAGACCACCCCAGUCGAGAUCCAGCUGCAGAUCGUCAAGUCGCUGCUGGCCGCCGUCCUUAACGACAAGAUUGUUGUGCACGGCGCGGGUCUGCUCAAGGCUGUGCGCCAGGUCUACAAUGUCUUUCUCCUGUCUAGGAAUACGGGAAACCAGCAGGUGGCUCAAGGCACCCUGACGCAGAUGGUCGGCACAGUCUUCGAGAGGGUCAAGACGAGGUUACAUAUGAAGGAAGCCCGGAUGAACCUGUCCAAGCUCAAGCACAGCGCCAGCAAUGUCACUUUCGAGCAGAACGAGUCCACAAACGGCCUUGAGGGUGCCAAUGGCGAUGACUCUCCCGACGGUGCUUCCGAGGCCCCCUCUGAUUCCGGCGUAAAGUUGACUCUCAAGGAUCUUGAGCAUCGGAAGAGCUUCGACGACUCGAACAUGGGAGACGGCCCAACCAUGGUUACUCAGCUCAAGCCGGCGCAACGGGCCCCUGCCAGAUCCAUCUCUGAACACACGGUCGCCGAGAGCGUCUCCGAAGACUCACCCGAGUCGCUUGAUGCCGAGGAUGAGGUCUACAUACGAGAUGCGUACCUUGUCUUCCGCUCUUUCUGCAACCUUUCCACGAAGGUGUUGCCGCAAGAACAGCUCUACGAUCUGCGAGGUCAGCCUAUGCGGUCCAAGUUGAUAUCCCUUCAUCUGAUCCACACCCUGCUCAACAACAAUAUCGCCGUAUUCACAUCACCCCUAUGCACCAUUACCAACACAAAGAGCAACGAACCCACGACAUUCCUGCAGGCGAUCAAGUUCUAUCUAUGUCUCAGCAUCACUCGCAACGGUGCCAGCUCCGUUGACAAGGUUUUCGAAGUUUGCUGUGACAUCUUUUGGCUCAUGCUCAAGUUCAUGAGAGCACCUUUCAAGAAAGAGAUAGAAGUGUUCUUGAACGAGAUCUAUCUUGCCCUCUUGGCGAGGCGGAAUGCGCCGCUGACCCAGAAGCUCUAUGUCGUCAACAUAUUGCUUCGUUUCUGUGGAGAUCCGCGCGCCUUGGUAGAGACAUACCUCAACUAUGACUGCGAUGGCAAGGUCGACAACAUCUUUCAGACCAUCAUUGAGGACUUGUCUCGUUUUGCCAUUGCUCCCGUCGCCAUCACGGUCGAGCAUGAGAGGGCAUAUGAGGAGAGGAACCCUAGAGCAGGCAGUGGCUCGGACUGGCAGAUCAAGGGCACCUUGCCACCCUCUCUCACCGUGACCCAGAUCGUCCCUCAUCACGAGCAUGAGCUCGAGUACCCUCGCGAAUAUGCUCUGAAGCGCCUGGCUCUGGACAGCCUCGUGGAAACGCUACGGUCCAUGGUGAACUGGUCUCAGCCAGGACGGAUGGACAACGGCAACCUUCCUUCCGACGAGGAGAAGCGCACGUCACAAGAUGAUGUGAGGGAAUCUAUCGAUCCGUCCGCCAGCGACAGCGUGUCUCGCAUGGACACGCCGCUGCCACCAUCAACGCCAGUUGUGGAUGACGAUCCUGAGCAACUAGAGAAAGAGAAGGCAAGGAAAACGGCCAUGGCCAACGCUAUCAAGGUGUUCAACUUCAAACCGAAGCGAGGUGUUCCGCUCCUCAUCAAAGAGGGCUUCAUCCGCAGCGACAGUCCCCAGGAUAUUGCCCGCUUUCUCCUCGCUGAAGACCGCCUCGACAAAGCUCAGAUCGGAGAAUACCUGGGUGAGGGGGAGCCCAAAAACAUUGAGAUCAUGCAUGCCUUUGUCGAUACGAUGGACUUCACCAAGAGACGGUUCGUGGACGCUCUCCGCCAAUUUCUCCAAUCUUUCCGACUCCCAGGAGAGGCUCAAAAGAUUGACCGCUUCAUGUUGAAGUUCGCCAAUCGUUACGUAACAGGCAACCCGAAUGCCUUUGCCAAUGCAGACACCGCAUACGUGCUCGCGUAUUCGGUCAUUUUGCUGAACACCGAUCUGCACAGCAGCAAAGUGGCGAGGAGAAUGACCAAGGAGGACUUCAUCAAGAACAACAGAGGCAUCAACGAUUCUGCUGAUCUUCCCGACGAGUAUCUUCUUAGCAUCUACGAUGAGAUUGCUGGCAAUGAGAUCGUCUUGAAGAGCGAGCGCGACGCUGCUGCCGCCGCCGGCGCCCCUCAACAGUCCACAGGCUUGGCGGCUGGGCUCGGGCAGGCCUUCUCCAACGUGGGCCGGGACUUGCAGCGAGAGGCGUACGUACAGCAGUCCGAGGAGAUUUCGCUUCGAUCUGAGCAGCUCUUCAAAGAUCUCUUCAGAAGUCAGAAGAGAAACGCUGAGAAGGCGGGAUCUCGCUUCAUCCCUGCCACCUCCUUCAGACACGUGGGGCCGAUGUUUGAUGUGGCUUGGAUGUCCUUCUUCUCCGCUCUGUCCAGCCAAAUGCAGAAGGCACACAAUAUUGAAGUCAUCAAGUUAUGCCUUGAAGGCAUGAAGUUGGCAACCAAAAUUGCCUGCUUCUUUGAACUUCCGACUCCACGAGAGGCAUUCAUGUCAGCGCUGAAGAACACCGCCAACCUCAACAACUCGCAAGAGAUACUCGCCAAGAAUGUCGAAGCCUUGAAGGUGCUUCUCGAGCUCGGCCAGACCGAGGGCAACCACCUUAGGCAAUCGUGGAAGGACAUACUCAUGUGCGUCAGCCAGCUCGAACGACUGCAACUCAUGGCCAGCGGCGUAGAUGCCAACACUGUCCCGGACGUUUCGAAAGCUCGCUUCAUGCCGCCUACGCGAGAAAACACCGGCGACUCGCGCAGGUCGACACAACGGCGGCACAGGCCACGGGCCAACACCGCAUCUCAGGCCUUCUCCUCGUCAGAGAUCGCGUUUGAGCUGACAUCUGAUGAGACUGUCAAGAGCAUGGACCGAAUAUUCACAAACACGGCCCAUCUCAAUGGAGAGGCUAUUGUUCAUUUCGCCCGUGCGUUGACAGAGGUUAGUUGGGACGAGAUCAAGGUCUCCGGUUCUAACGACCAACCUCGGAUGUACAGUCUCCAAAAGAUCGUGGAGAUCAGUUACUACAACAUGACAAGAGUCCGUUUCGAAUGGACGUCGAUCUGGGACGUGCUAGGAAAUCACUUCAACCAGGUUGGCUGCAACGCCAACGAGGCCAUUGUCUUCUUUGCAUUGGACUCACUGCGUCAGCUUUCCAUGAGAUUCAUGGAGAUAGAGGAGCUGCCGGGUUUCAAGUUCCAGAAGGAUUUCCUGAAGCCUUUCGAGCACGUUAUGUCAAACUCCAACAACAUCCAUGUCAAAGACAUGGCUCUGCGCUGUCUGAUCCAGAUGAUUCAGGCCCGUGGAGAGAACAUCCGCUCGGGUUGGCGGACAAUGUUUGGCGUCUUCACCGUGGCCGCCAGGGAUCCCUCUGAAAGCAUCGUCAACAUGGCUUAUGAGAACGUCACCCAGGUGUACAAGACUCGCUUCGGCGUGGUCAUCGCUCAAGGCGCCUUUACCGAUCUCAUCGUCUGUCUGACUGAAUUUUCGAAGAAUAUGAGAUUCCAGAAGAAGAGCCUGCAGGCCAUGGAAACCCUGAAGUCGAUCAUUCCUCGUAUGCUCAAGACUCCGGAAUGCCCGCUGUCGCAGAGAUCGGCCCCUCAGGCGGGCGAUGAUGAGGCCGGCACCAAGGUCACGAACCAACAGAACAGGACCUCUGUUGAAGAGGCUUUCUGGUUCCCGGUACUGUUUGCCUUCCACGAUGUGCUCAUGACGGGCGAAGACCUGGAAGUCCGAUCGAAUGCCUUGAACUACUUCUUCGAGGCGCUCCUGCGCUAUGGGGGCGACUUCCCCUCAGACUUUUGGGACAUCCUGUGGCGCCAGCAGCUCUACCCCAUCUUCAUGGUUCUGCGAUCAAGACCAGAGAUGUCCAACGUUCUCAGUCACGAGGAACUAUCGGUGUGGCUAUCCACCACCAUGAUUCAAGCUCUUCGCAACAUGAUCACAUUGUUCACGCACUACUUUGAUUCCCUCGAGUACAUGCUGGAUCGCUUCUUGGAGCUACUCGCUUUGUGCAUCUGCCAGGAAAACGACACGAUCGCUCGUAUCGGCAGCAACUGCCUGCAGCAGCUCAUCCUCCAGAACGUCAACAAGUUCACGCCGGAGCACUGGGCCAAGAUCGUUGGCGCAUUCUGCGAACUGUUCGAGAGGACAACUGCGUACCAGCUUUUCUCGGCGUCUACCAUCAACUCGACUGCUUCUCUUUCACCGCCACCCAACGGUCUCGACUUCAGCGGAGGUGGCCCCCUUAGUCCAGGUUUGGAGACGGCCCAAGUCGAUGAGAAGUCAUUGAAGAUCAACGGCACGGAAACAAACGGCCAACUUCAUGAAUCUGAAGUGGCGAGCCCGCCGAUAUCCUCCUCUGAUGUUGACAGCAUACAAGCACCCACGGCAGGUUCCGCUCAUCCGCCGCCGUCGCCGCAGCUGGAGGACUACAAACCCUCGACGAAUUUGCAACAGCAACCUGUGGUUGUGACUGCUGCCCGGCGACGCUUCUUCAACCGCAUCAUCUCGCGCUGCGUCUUGCAGCUGCUCAUGAUUGAGACGGUCAACGAACUCUUCAGCAACGAGGCUGUGUAUGCCAAGAUACCCUCGCCUGAACUCCUGCGACUGAUGGCGCUGCUCAAGAAGUCAUUCCUCUUUGCCCGGCGCUUCAACAACGACAAAGACCUCCGUAUGCGCCUCUGGAGGGAGGGCUUCAUGAAGCAGCCGCCGAACCUGCUCAAGCAAGAGUCGGGGUCUGCCGCGACCUAUGUUGCCAUCUUGUUCAAGAUGUUUGCGGACCAGGCACCCGAGCGCCAAGAGAGCAAGCCGGAUGUGGAGAACGCGCUGGUGCCGCUGUGCAAGGACAUCAUCAAGGGCUACAUCUCUCUUGAGGAAGAGAGCCAGCACAGAAACAUUGUCGCCUGGAGGCCUGUGGUUGUCGAUGUCCUCGAGGGCUACGCGGCCUUCCCUGAGAACGCCUUCUCUGCGCACGUCAAGUCCUUCUACCCGCUCGUUGUUGAGCUUCUGGGCAAAGAGCUGAGUGGCGACCUCCGGGGCGCCCUGUUGCUCGUGUUGAGGCGGGUCGGCGAAGUCGGCCUCGGGAUCGAAGGGAUGGCUAGUUCUGCCGUGUCAAAGGGAGAAGGGAACCGCCGAGACAGCGUUUUGAGCGCAGAGGGAACGUCGACGGGCGUCGAUGAGGCAGGCGACGCGAGCACAGAGUUUAUGGGGCGCUGA